ACUUGCCUUGAAUUCUACAUAACAUACUCGCUUGCAAUUUGAGGAAAGAUGGACACUUAGCGUUGUUGGCAACGAAUAAAAGUUUCAGAAAACUUUCUUCAAACCUAUGAUGUGAAAUAGGAGAAACAUGUCCCUGAUUGAUAAAUAGUGAUAUUAUAUAUUAAAGUGCCAUGGCUGUGGUACUAGAUCCCAAAGUAGCUGCCAUUAUGGCUAAGGUAGAAGAGGAAGAAAUGGAAGAAGCAGCAAGAAAAAAAGCAAAACCCAAAGUUAAAGCCCCAACAAACAUAGAAGAGUUCUUGGCUGCAGAGAAAUUAGAUGACUGGCCGUAUCCUAUGGCAACAGAAGGUCCAUUGGAUCUUGAAAAUGAGGCUCUUCUACUUGGCUCACAAGAUGAUAUAGCUGCCAUUAUUAGAGAUUCAGCUCCUAUCGGAUUGCAUAUGAUGGAAGAUUUAGAAUCAGAUCUUGAGGACCUAGAAAAGAAAUUAAAAUUCUAUGCAGAUCAGAUUUUGGCUGAAGAUGACCAGGAAACAAAGAAAGUAGAGAGAUUACCUUUCUCUUCAGCUAGAACUUUUAUGACAGAAAUGACAGACUCAGAUGCUGUGAAAACACAUCAUAGUGCAAAAGUACCAAAGAGUCUCGACUCAAAAAGUGGGGAUUUUGCUGAGUCAAUGUUAGAGACUAGGAAGAGAACUAUAGAGUUUUGUCAGUUUCCAGGUUUCCGUCACGGGGAACUAGUAGAACUACCAGCACAGAUUGAAUCACUACCAAUACUUCAUAAAAUUACCAAAGCUCAAGAUUUUAAUCCUGGUUUUAAGAAGUUCUGGAAGAAGUUAUUUUUAUCAGAAGCAUCAGUAGCAGUACUACAAGAUACAUUCUGGUGGAUAUUUCUUAAUAAAUUUGAUGAGGGUAGAAACACAACAGACAACAAAUCUUUGUUAUAUGACAGAAUAGCUGAUAGUUAUGUAGCAUUAUUUACAAGUAUACACAAUGAUGUCAAGGACAAAUUUUUAGGGGUAUACCCCAACUGUUUAGCACAAGCUGUAUAUUUGAUAUAUCGCCAGGCUUUUCCAGAGUCCAGUAACAAACUGGCAGAUGAAUUCAAACAGGAAUUAUGUAAUACAGUAUUUGAGUGGAUCACAGGAAUAAAAGCACCAGGUCAGAUUUUUAAUAAAUGGGAUGUGAAAAAGAUAGAAACAGAUUCAGCCAAGGGCAAGAAGGCAGAUAAACAGGUGUCUGAGACAACACAAAAAAUUAUGCAAGCUGCUGCCCUAAAUAAAGAAGUUAGCGCCAGUCUGGAUAUGGAAUCCUUCCACAAAGUAAUAGACAACCUUGGCUCAGGUGGACAAGGCAGUGUAUCCUCUGCUAGACAGACCCCCCAAGGUGCCUCAAGGGAGAUAACUAAGAUGACAAACUUCAGUCUACCUACCAAUGGUACAGUUACCUCACAACAAGGGAUGUAUAACACCUUCUCUAGGACAAGUCCUUCAAGACUGGCUACAUGUGGAUCAACAGUAAGACGGAAGUUUGCUCAGCAGAUAGACGCCUAUCUUAAUGAUACGAGCACAGAGUCUCACCAAAUAGGACCUGGUCCAGAAUAUGAGAGAGUUAUGUUUAAUGUCCAGGGUAGAAGUCCUCUCAUCUCACAUUACUUACAUAUGAGACAGUUGAGAGAUUUCCAUCAACCUGGCAAGAAAAUUAGAAGAACAGAAAUAUCAGCCUUGCCUCCAGAAGGGCCAACGUACAGACAGUUGAUACAGAAAUCUAUAGCUAUGUCUGAAGCUAUCCAAAGAGAAUACCAGAAAAUAUGUGAAGAAACAGAUCAAGAAAUUUAUGAACUGAAGAGAAGACAAAGAGAAUCCAAUAUAGAGUUUAACAAGUUAUCUAAAGAACUAAUGAUGACUAAAAAUCCACUCGAUCUUAAAAUUCUUAGUGAUAAAAUAUUAGAACUUUAUAGUGAUUUUCCUGAUAGCAAGGAUAAUGAUCAAUUGGUGUUGUAUAAGGAAAAAGAAAGAGAUGCCAUACUGCUAGAUACCGAUACUGAUCCUGCCCAAAGUGUUGCCGGAGCUGAUGACGAAGAUACCUGACAAUACAAUAGAUGCAAUCAAUUUGAUAUGAAUAUAUAUAUGUUAAAAUUGUCAUUGUAAUGGACUUACCAAUGACAUAAGAAAAUAUGACCUUAUAUCGAUUGUUUAAUGAAUAAGGGAGUGAAUAUGAUCUUUGGCAUUACACUUUUAGUUCGUAGUUUUAUUUUUAUGCUGGUAUGUAAUUAAAUUUUCACUAUUGAAAUGGAAUAUUUAAACAGAAUUUUCUUGGUUAAUAUGAACAUUUAUCUUUAACAUGACUAUUUUCCUGAUGUCUCCUGUAUGUUAAUAUUCUGUGCAAAGUCAUAGAAAUUAAUGUCACUUUAAUAUAUAAAUAUUAUUUUGAAGGAAUUUUUGAAAUAUCACUAUGAUCUUUCAAAAACCUAAUAUUUAAACAUGGGAAAAUACCUGUAGAAAUAUUAGUUUUGGUUCUGUAUACCAACAAGUUACAUAAAUAAUAACUACCAUGUCUUGUGUAAGGUCAUAAACUACAUCAGAAGUGUAAUGAAUUCAUUAAUCACUGUAUUAGAUGUGGUUUCUGUAUGUUCACUAAAGUCACACGAUAUAUGCCAAUCUUACUUUACAUUUACUUUAAGGUGACAGAUUUAUAUUAUUAAAAUGGCAUAACUGGUAGUAAAUGUUUUUAUAUAUAAUUUCUAUGUCCAAUUACUACUGUAUUGAAGUCUGUGAUAUUUUGUGCUAUUUUGUUGUAUAAUUUUUAAUAAAAUAUUUAAUUUUA